AUGCUUUCCAGUCAAACCAGAUACACUUUUAGUGAAAAGGUAGAAAAAGUUGAACUUGAAAGAAGUUUUCGUAUCAAAUCUCGAGGCUCAGAAUCUCGUGAAACUCGUCAUCACAAAAAAUUGAAAAGAAGAUCCGCAGCUCUUGCAAAUUCUCCAAGCAUGUCAACCAAUGCAAGCUUAUUGUAUAAUAUUCAAAAUCAAAGCACAGAAUCUAUUUCAAGCCAAAUUCUCCGCUCUAAGCCACCUCGUGUUCCACCUCUUUUAACUAAAAAUAUUUUGCUGCAUAAAUGCAAAGAAAAAAGCGAGCGCAGCUGCUUAACUCAGGCAGAUGAUUUGUUUUUCCUGAACGAAUAUAAGUAGGUUUUAUAUAGAAAAAUUGAAAUAAUAAAAACUCGACAAGUACCUUGCUCGAAAACUCCAUUUUGGUUUCAAGACAUGGUCUUGCUAGACAUUUCGUCUAAGAGGCUGAGAGAUUCAAAUAGGUGUUUGCAGUUAGAAGAUCUAGUGCCUAAUGACAUCAAAAGAUCAGAUUUUACUAAAUGGGUGAGCCGAAUGAAUGGAAAUAGGAACUAA